CCCCUUGAGUUAUACUUGAGUUGUUUAAAACAAUUGUAUUAACUUUUCUUUUGUAUACCACAAAGCAAUGUUUCUAUGUUUGCUGCAAUACUACACCUAACCGCUAGGGGGCAGUAAACAAUGCAAUAUGUGAGUGAGAUAUUCAGUGUAAGAUUCAGAUGAAGAAGCCAGCUCAACAUGCUUACACGAGGCUGGCAGUUGAUGUUGCAUCUCAUCUCUGAAACAGUCAAUGCUUCAUUGUGAGUGCUUUUGUUUUGAGAACUCUGGUGAGUUUUGCUGAUUCAUGCAUUACUUUGGGCCUAAUUGACAUUACCUUUCACUAGUUGUUGUCAUAAAAAAACCAAUCAGAGUUGUUUAUGAUGAUUAAAACUGUAUUUUUAUAUGUGUGAGAGAUUGAAAUAUUAUUAAUUUAUGUACAACAUUAAUUAAUCUGUUUGAAUUGAAUGUUUGCAUCAUCAUUUGUAUGUAAAUGAAAACAGAAAAGGAAAAAAUAAGAUGUUGUGCAGUGAGAUAAUAUAUUCAGGCACUUUUAUGUGGUUAAGUGUGCCUAUGUUAACAUUGUUGGAUUAACAAUUGAACUCAUGAACAUUUUGUGCACCUGAUAUACGAUGUCAAAGUAUAUAUAUUGUUAACAGCAAGAAAUGUUUAAUAUGACUUAUUUUGUGCAGAUUGGUUUUUUUGAAUGUCGAUUCUGUUGAUCCACGGUUGAACGGCGAGCCAGUGCCUGAUCUUUGAUUCAAAGAGCCAUCGCGAUUCCAUGCGGAUCUGUUGAACUUGAGAUAAGCACACAAACACUACCCGGGUAGAAAAAGUAACACAAAAAGGCCUUUACACAUCCACAUUUGAACAUUACACCCAUACACACACACAUAAAGGAGGACUAUUGAGACUUUACUCUGGACAAUUUUUGGGUUCAAUAUCAAGUUUUGUUCUUUGUGUUGAGUAUGAAUCCAUUGUGAAUUGAGACCAUUGUGAUUUCAUUUACAUUGUGGGAAUUGUUCAUUUAAAAUUUUGUAUCUGUAAUAAAAUUGCCGGCUGUUAAUUAAUUGAAUAUACUUUAUCCCAUUCUUUUAUUAUUAUAAAAUCCUCCUAGAGCCGAACCUAGGCUUUACUUAAACAUUUGUUGAGUAUAAUAUAUUGAAUACUUACCCAUCUGUUCCCGUGUUACAUACCUUUUCGUGGCGAGCCAGCCAGGAGGAUUUUUUUUUUUUAAAGCCGGUUACAAGUAUAUUUGGACAGUAGUGAAAUUUCAAGUUUUAUUUUCUGAAGUAUUUUUGUGAUUGAGCACAAUGAGUAUGUCUGAUAUUGAAAAGUGUUACAAUGUCAAAGCACAACGUUCAUUAUGUGUGUUAGGCAUUACUGAUAAUGACACAGAUGAUGACAUUACUGCAACUUUUGAGAAAUAUGGUGAUAUUGUGAAAGUAGUGAGAGUAGCUCCCUCUACUGGGCAGACAGGACAGUCCAUUAUUAUAGUUGAGUUUGAUGUAGACACUCCAGUCAUGCAUCUUGAGCCUAAUUUCCCACUAGAAAUUAAGAGUGUAAGAAACCCAGCAGUUACAUGGUAUGCAGAUAGCAUCAAAGUACUAGCACAGCGCUCUGCGCAGCCCAGUGCCCAAGUGCAAAGUUCAUCCAUUGAGUCAAGUGAUGACAGUGAUAAUGCUGACCCCGAAGAAGUCCCCUCUGACAACAGUGACGUCAUUCCAAAGAGGUAUAUAAAAAGAAAACCUUUUAAGAAGCCAAAAUCAAAGUCACGUGUCCUAAGCUCAGACAACAACCCUGAUCCUGCUGUGAGGAAAAAAAUGACAAAGCCUUCCUCUAACACACUUACCAAUGAUGACCUAAACCCUCCUGAGAUACAGCGUAUUGUGGUUGAACAUGUCAUCAAAAAUGAUUCUUUUUCUGUGCAGACACACUCCAAAUGGCUGCGUUCCUUCUCAGGAAAAGUACCUAAGCCCCCAGGAGAAGCUGAUUUUGAUACUUGGUGUCUUCAUGUUGACCUUCUGUUGCAGGAUUCACUUCCCAUAGAUAUCCAGCGAAGGAAAAUCUUAGAGAGCCUCUUACCACCAGCUUCAGAUGUGGUUAAGCAGCUGAAGAAGAUUUUUUAA